CUGUGUGGAGCAGGUGGACUGGAAGGGGCGGAGGUAACCAGCAGCGGCCAGUGGUGGCCGCCCGCAGUCCCCCGCCCCGUCCACGCAACGCUCGCGACACGCGCGCCCGGAGAGGGCACGGGCGGCGGGGCUAGCUGUCUUCCGAGCUCUGCUCUGCGAGGAGUCCGCGUGUUCCCCGCCGCGCUCAGCUCCAAGCCGGCCACCAUGGAGGCGCAGGCACAAGGCUUGUUGGAGACGGAACCGCUACAAGGAAGAGAUGGGGAUGCAAUAGACAGUGCUGACUUCUCUAGCAUGCUCUCUGAGGAGGAGAAGGAAGAGCUAAAGGCAGAGUUAGUUCAGCUAGAAGACGAAAUCACCACAUUACGACAAGUUUUGUCAGCAAAAGAAAGACAUCUGGUUGAGAUCAAACAGAAGCUCGGCAUGAAUCUGAUGAAUGAGUUAAAGCAGAACUUCAGCAGGAGCUGGCAUGACAUGCAGACCACGACUGCGUACAAGAAAACGCACGAAACCCUGAGCCAGGCAGGGCAGAAGGCAACAGCAGCUUUCAAUAAUGUGGGAACUGCCAUCAGCAAGAAGUUUGGAGAUAUGAGGUCUCAGUCUUUUGGGUACUCCAUCCGCCAUUCCAUAAGUAUGCCUGCCAUGAGGAAUUCUUCUACUUUCAAAUCAUUUGAGGAGAGGGUUGAGACAACUGUUGCAAGCCUCAAGACGAAAGUAGGUGGGACACACCACACUGGUGGCAGUUUUGAGGAGGUCCUGAACUCCACAGCACAUGCCAGCUCACAGAAUGCUUCGGCAGGCCCCCGGCAGACCAAGGACGAGGAGCUGCAGUGCUAGGUCCAGCCUGGGCUGCUGCCGGUCAAUCUGCCUGCUCAUCCUCUGAUAUGAAGACCAAAAUCCCACUGGGAACCCCAAGUUUUGACGUUGAUAUGUAAAUGGGGUCUCCAAAAUGUUUAAUAAAAUGAUUUCUUUUUGCAUUUGUGUUGAUGACCAUUACUCUGCAGUAUUGACAAAUGUCAUCUUUAAAAACAGACAACCUGGAGCAGGGUCAUAAUUGUUCUGGAAUCUCGUCUGUGUAACUCAAUGUGUAUUUCCCAAUCACACAGAUACUGAUUAUUAGCUUUGGUUUUGGCUUGGUCUCCAAACCAAUAUGCAUGUCUCAGAGUGCACCUGUCAGUCUGAAGAUCGACAGGUGACACUAUUUAUGACUGUCUCCAGCAGGGGGCCAAAUCCUACAAAUUUCACCAAAUUGCUUGUGAUUUCCAUGUGAAUUUAUUUAAAUCAUUAAAAUAAUUCAUUUUAACGAUG